AGCGAUCAGCGUGAGUUUAGUUCUUUUUCAGUGUUCGUGUCGAUCGGGUCGACGAACGCGGAUCCGGCAGUACAACUCCGCUUAACGUCUGUGUGAACGGGCUGCGCGCGCUAAGUCUCCAACGGCAGCGCCAAACUACUUGGAGCCGAGCGCUGAGGAUCGUAAAGAAUUCUGUGUGUGUGUGCCUCAACCUUCAUUUACAUAAGUGCAAAGUAAAAUUAAAAGAAAACGUAUUUGCAAUCAGAUUACGUUUCUGAUUUUGUGUUUAAAAUAAAAUAAAUUAAAAAUAUAUUUGUGUGCAACGAAAAAUAAAUAAUAACAUUAUAGAAGAAGUUUACUUCUGGAGAGCAGCGAUCUAAGACAGGAGAAAAAGUGAUAUACAGCUGACGAGCAGAUGUUACAAUUCAACGCGCAACACAAACUGUUCGCCAUUAGCAGUAGUAACAACAAAAACAUUAGCAAAAUUUCCACCAAUUUUGUGUUCCUAACGCCUGUCACACGCUGCAGUUACUGCCAACGCGCAACCAAAGCAGGCACCGCCGCGACAAUCAUAACCACAACCGAAGUGUCUUCUAAGCUGAGUAGCUGAGGGUACGCCCCCACGCGUCAAAACGCCUCAGAACAACAACAACAGCACGGCCAUCGACACUAGCGCCACCACAACUGCCAACAAUAGAAGAAUGCCGAUUUGCAAUAAGCCCGCGCAGGCGCUGAGCCAAAAGAAAAAUGCCACCGAAUUCGAUGACUAUGCCUCAGAGGCUGCCAAAAUGAAGCGCACACGCGAGCAAGCUUACUUCAACUCGUACAAUUUCGACGCAAUCCAACCCUAUGAUCCCAAGGACUUCGAAGAGCAGGGUGUCGUCCAUAAGGUGGGUGCUGCUGCUGCUAUUGCUGCCACACACACCAGCGCCACAAUCACUGCCACAAAAGUGCCGUCCGUUGUUGGUGGCGGCAGCAAUCAUAGUCAGCAUCAACAACAACAACAACUGCAACAAAAGCCACACAAUACGCUUAAAACAAUUUAUCGCGGUGCCUCAUCGAUCGCCUCAUCGACGCAGAGCACACGCAGCAGCUUUCAGCAUAGCAGCAGCAGCGGACGCAGCAGUCAGCAUAGUCUACGCAGCAGCGAUGUUGAUGAUGACACUGGUUUUACGCGUCGCCCUCAACAUACCGGCGAACUGACCUAUACAUAUAUGCAACGGUUCGGUGUGCGUUUGGUGCGUUCGCGUAACGCCUCGCCGUCAUCGGCGGCGGAUGUGGAUGUGAAACACACCGGCAGCCUAGAGGGUGGCAAUGGAGGAGGUGCCAUCAUGCAGGCCGAAGAGCUGGCGCCGGUGCAUGGGAAGAAGAGUAGCGCCACGGAAAUAUCGGAGAGUGGGAGUUUUCUGCUGCCACGCGCCAUGCUGAAGUACCAAAGUGUUGGCAAUGCGAAUUCAAUGCCAUUGGCAGUCAACAGUAGUGGACGCGCGGACAAAUUACUGCAAAAUGGCCAUAACCACCAUCAGCAGAGCGGCAACAACGAAAGCAACUAUAAUAAUAAUAACAGCAACAACAACAACAAUCAUAACAACAGUGCCAGUUACAAUAAAUACAACAACAACAACAGCAGUGGUGAAACAAUGAUGAUGAUGACCACCAAUGCCAUUAGCAACAAACACAGCAAUAGCAGCAGCAGCAGCAGCAACAACAACAGUAGUAAUAGUCUUAGCAGUAACAAGAGUAACGCUACCGCGAAUAUAGCCAACACCAAGACGAUAAAUAACAGCAAUAGUAAUAGCAACGGCAGCAGCAGCAGCAGCGCCAUCACCAACACCAAUAGCCACCAUAUAGCUACUAAAAACCGACUAAACUAUGCGAACAGCAAUGAUGGUUACGCCAGUUUAUUAGUCGCCAGCGACGUGCAGAGCACAGCGCCUUUCAGAGUGGUAACGGCCGCGAAGACGCCAACAACGGCAAUAGCAACAGCAGUAGCAGCAAAGGCUAAGGCAACAGCAGCCAACUCAGCACCGGGUGCAGCCGUGCGCGUCAAGAAACAGUCUACCAGUUCGACGAUUACAACGACAACAACCUCGUCCAGUGUAAGUGCAGCCGAACACAACGCAGCAAUAGCGGCGGCGACGGCAGCAGUGGCGUCGACGCCAUCGACACGGGGUAACGGCAAAGUCAGCCAAACGUCAAAAAGUGGCGAUACCAAGUCGGCACAGAGUGGUAGCGUUGAGCGUCGCGGACGCACCAGUUCACAUCAGUCGCACUAUUCGACGGACAAAAGCGGCUCGUCCGGUUACUACAGUUCGAACGUUUGCUCUACAUAUUCACUGGACGAGCAUAUCUAUUGCGAACCGGUUAUAGAUAUCCUAGACGUGAGUAAGACCAGUAAACAAACAAAUACAAAAGCCAUCGCCAAUAGUAGUGUUGAUACUAAUAACAAAAGUAAUCCAGCAGCAACUGAAAUGAGCAGUAAAAGUGGUGUUGGUGGUGGAGGUGGUGCAACGAAACGUUGUUAUGGACGCCGCAGCGUGCCGGCGGUGACAAGUCGCAAUGGCGAAAGUGGUAUUGCGGGUUGUAGUGAGUUGGAUGGUGAGGAUGAUUGUGAUGGCGAUGCCGAGGAUGAGUCCGGCGCUGCGGCAGUGACACGGCGUGGCAACAGCAAAAGUGGUCGCAAGUCACAGGCAGUCGCCGAGACCACUUUUGGCGCGGAAAAAAUACCGGCUAGCUUGCAAUUCUUAUUACAACGACAAACCUCCGAUGAGUAUGCCACAUCACAGCAUUUCAGCGAGAAUCUGCGCAUACUCGAGACCAGCAUAGAGAAUCUCGAUCGUCAUUUAAAGAAUUUUCCAAGUCUGAGUUCGCAUGAACACAUCGCUGCAUUUGUACAGGCACAUCAUCAUCACCAUCAUCAUCAUUUGGCGUAUAUGCAAUCCCCGUCCGUGGAGACGGGGGAUAAGCAGGCUGUACGCGUGCCACCACAUGUGGCGCAACAACAACAUCAAUUGCCCACCAUUAUGGAAGGUUACGAUCCCGCCAAUCAACCACGUCGUUCAUGGCCCGAUGACAUGGUGGACGAUUCGCUGCUCGACAUUGACCUCGACUCAUUUCUGCUAGUCAACGAACGUAAAGCCGGCGGUAUCGGCAAGUCGGCUCGUGCUAAGUCGUCCAUGCAUGCCGCUGUUGGUGGCAUCGACAAUCCCACUUUUCUCACCGAGGAGCAGGAGGAGGAGAAUAAUUAUAAGUGUGCAAAAUAUAUUAAUUCCUGCCCGGAUGAUGCGUAUCAUGUCGAAAGUGAUAUUGUGGCUGGCACUGGCACCGUUUCGGAGAAGUCCGUUUCAGUUGCAGAUCAUUAUAUGAAACGUUAUGAGGAUCAGCUGCACUUUCAGAGUACACGCGAACUGCUCGAAGAUGUGCGCGAUAAAAUACGUUUGCUCUCGCAGGCGAGCGGCAACACCAGCCGCAGUGGCAGCGCCCAAACGCAUAGUCCCGAUAUGUCUCUGAGUGUGACCGCACCCACCGAACAAUUGCCACGCGAAUUGGAGGGCAUGAUUAAGACGCUGAAAAACGAACUAGAAAACUAUUUAGAUCGCAUGAAUCAGCAUAGUGAGUUGGAGAUACGUCAACUGUGCAGCGGUCUUGUGCGCAAUCACAAUAUCGUCAAAAUGAAGAAGGCAUUCGAACGUCGUCGCUCAACGCACAGUCUCGGCACAAUCGAAUCGGAUUACGGUUACGUCGGUAACUACGAAGCCAUUUGCGAUGGCGUGCCAUCAAGCAUACGCGAACAAAUCGUCUCGAUACGCUGCGCGAGUGAUCCGAAUUUCAAAAUGAAGCGUAAAUCCCUAACCGAAGUAUUUCCCGUCGCCGAUUGUUAUGCAGAGUCGUCAGAAAAAUUACAAACGCCCGCCGUACAGUCGGCGCAACAACAACAACAGCGUCCUUCAUUACCGCGUCGCGAUCGUGUCGAGCAACGACAACGUGAACUCGAUCAAAAUGUGAUCACUUUACACGUGCCCACCACCCAAUUGCAGCGCAAUCUAUCCUUCCAACAACCGAUACUAAAUAAAUUAGAUGCGAAGUCACUGCAAGCGCCGCCGACUGAUGCCGAACUCAGUGGUAAGGGUAGUAACGCGAAUGGCGCCGGUGCUGUAGGCGGUAACGGUAACGGUAGUGGCGCUGAGUCGGGCGAAUCCGGUGAUAAGGAUUCCAUCUUGGAAUGGCAUCGCAAGAAACCGAGUAUUUGGGAAAUGUACUACGGCACGAAUCGCAUGAAUCAAUCAUUGCUGGGCAAACGCAACGGCAUGGUCACAAACAACAACAAUCAGGUCCCGAUGUCCUAUCCAUCAUCACGUCCUGAGUCCGAUUUUACUUUGGACCUACCACGUGCUGAACAGUUACGCAUCAAAAUGGAGAAGGAGAAGAAAUUCCGUCAGCGUUGCCGCUACAUUACAACGUUUUUGAGUUUGGUCUUCUUCUUGCUCACCGUUAUGGUGGUCAGUUUGGUGUUGACGCGCGGCAAACGGAUGUUCGGCAGCAUGAUUUAAGGCGAAAGCGAAAGAAAAUUAAAAAAAUAAAAUGCAGUAAAACAAAAUUUAGCAUAUUAGUAAGAGAGGGGAAUGAAAAUUAGUAGGAAGACAAAAGUAAAAAAACAAGUAAAAGAAAUUAAGUUAAAAAUUUAAAAAUGCAUAGACGUCCAAUUAAGACUAUGAACAACGACUUUUGAGCAUAUUUUUUUAAACUUUAAUUUUUUUUUUUUCAAAAUUUUGUUUAAACGAACUUUUAUUGAUACAAGUAGUUAAAGGAGUUUCCAUUUUUAUUUUUAGUUAGCACUUUUAUGUUUAAUUUUAUAUAGAAAAAAAUUAUAUUGAUUUCCAUUUGUUUAUUAGAGAAAUAUUUUUAAUUAAUUUAUGUUUUUAAUGCUAUUUUCAGUGUGUUAGUCGUUAGUGUUUGGCAUAUUUUUUUCGUUAAUUCUAAAACUAAGAAACUGAAAUUCAAAGCGUGCACUGCAAGUUGUGAAAAUGUUUACUCUUACUCUACACACGGUUCUUAUAAUUAUGUAAAUAACUGUAAUUUCUUAUUUAAAUUUCACUAAUUGGCUUAGUAAUUGUUUUUUUUGCAUUUUUUGUUAUUUCAUAUUUCUUUUUCUGUUUUCACUAUAUCUUUAAUAUAUUAAUAUAGACACGAAAAUAUGUUCAAUACAAAAAAUAAAACGCGACAAAUAUAUAUAUUUUUUUAAUUAAU